AAUCAGACUGGGAGAGGAGGCAAAAGCAAAGGGUAGAGACACGCGCCGCCACCGCCGCCGCCGCGUGUGUGUUGCAACAAGCUCACGUUGCCGGUCGGCUCGGUGAGUGUACGGAGUUCUGUCCUUCUGUCAGCUCUACGACACUACGGAUCUCGCAGAGUACGGUUCAGCCCCUCGUGAAAUGCGCGAUGGCUGGCUUCGACGAUGUCGGGAUCGGAGACUUUGUACUCCUCGAAAACAUCACCACCGACGCCUUCAUGGAUAACCUGAAACUCAGGUACAAUGGAGGCAAAGUCUACACCUACAUUGGAGAAGUGUGUGUCUCCGUCAACCCCUACCGUACCCUCAACAUCUAUGGGCCGGAGCAGGUCAAUGACUACAGGGGCCGUGAAAUCUUCGAGCGGCCGCCGCACGUUUUCGCCAUCGCUGAUGCGGCCUACAAGGAGAUGAAGCGCAAGUCUAUGGAUACCUGCAUCGUCAUCUCAGGUGAAAGUGGCUCAGGAAAAACUGAGGCAUCCAAGAUCAUCAUGAGGUACAUUGCUGCCAUCACAAAUGUCACGGGACAGCAAGAGAUUGAAAGGGUGAAGAACAUCCUGCUCCAGUCCAACUGCAUCCUGGAGGCGUUCGGCAAUGCCAAGACCAACCGCAAUGACAACUCCAGUCGGUUUGGCAAGUACAUGGACAUCAACUUUGACUUCAAGGGGGACCCCCUCGGAGGACACAUCAACAACUAUCUCCUUGAGAAGUCCCGAGUCAUCUACCAGCAGCCAGGAGAAAGAAAUUUCCACGCCUUCUACGAACUUCUGCUUGGGGCUUCAGACUCCCAACUGUCUGGCUAUGGCCUCAAACACGAUGCCCAGCUCUACUUCUACACCAAGCAGGGUGGCUCGCCCAAGGUGGAUACCAUCAAUGACAGGGCAGACUACAAGCAGGUCUGCUCUGCUCUCAAGGUUCUCGGCUUCACGCCGCAGCAGUGUGAAACCCUCUGGAAGAUUGUUGCUGCAAUCAUUCACCUUGGCGAGGUGUCGUUUGAGGUGGAAAAAGACGAGGCCAAGGUCAAGGGGAGCCUGAAGCAGCUCAGUCAGCUCCUGUCCGUGUCACCAGAGGCCCUGAAGCAGGCACUGUGCCACAGAGUCAUUGCAGCGGGAGGGGAGGUCAUGCAGAAGGGCCACACCGUCUCCGAGGCAAUCUACGGCAGGGACGCUUUUGCCAAGGCGAUCUACGAAAGAAUGUUCUCCUGGAUUGUGGGCAGAGUCAACGAGGCGAUCGAGGUGCGGACCAACGGCUACAAUGUCAAGAAGAACACGGUUAUUGGGGUCCUUGACAUCUACGGCUUCGAGAUCUUCGACAACAACAGCUUUGAGCAGUUCUGCAUCAACUACUGCAACGAGAAGCUGCAGCAGCUCUUCAUUGAGCUGGUGCUCAAGAGGGAGCAGGAGGAGUACCUGCGGGAGGGCAUCCAGUGGCAGGAUGUGCCCUACUUCAACAACAAGAUCAUCUGUGACCUUGUUGAAGAGCCUCACCGCGGGAUCCUUGCCUUGGCUGACGAGGCAUGCCUCAACGUUGGGAAGGUCACUGAUGCCAUGCUUCUCGAGUCACUGGACAAGAAGCUUGCCAACCACAAACACUACACAAGCCGUAGGCUGGCACCCACAGACAAGACACUAGAGCACCACAAAAACUUCAAGAUUUUGCACUAUGCUGGCGACGUGACUUAUUCUAUCGAGGGCUUCCUGGACAAGAACAAAGACACACUGUUCCAGGACUUCAAACGUCUGCUCUACAACAGCACUGACCCCCUGAUCAAGUCAAUGUGGCCAGAAGGAGCACAGAAUGUCAAGGAAGUAACAAAACGUCCCCUGACUGCAGGAACACUCUUCAAGAACUCCAUGAUAGCCCUGGUCCAGAAUCUAGCAUCAAAGGAGCCCUUCUACGUGCGCUGCAUCAAGCCCAACGAGCACAAGUCUCCGAUUCUGUUUGACGAGGAGAGAGUACGGCACCAGGUGAACUACCUCGGCCUGCUGGAGAACGUCAGGGUGCGGCGAGCGGGCUUUGCCUACAGGCAGGACUACACUCGCUUCCUACGCAGGUACAAGAUGAUAACGCAGUACACAUGGCCCAACUUCUAUGGUGGCAAUGACCAGGAGGGUUGCCGGGUUAUCGUGGAUGAGCUUGGCUUUGCGGACGACGUCAAAUACGGCCGGACCAAGAUCUUUGUCCGCUCCCCCCAGACCCUGAGCAAGCUGGAGAAUGAGCGGCUGGCUAUCAUUCCCCGCAUCGUCGUCUUCUUGCAGAAGAUGUGGCGAGGUGCCAUUGCGAGGAUGCACUAUCGCAAGGUGAAGGCCGCACUCAAGAUCCUGGCUCGCUACCGCAAGUACCGCACGCGCAAGUACAUCCUUGAUCUCAAGGCUGCCUUCAGGAACGUCCACCAGAUGAAGGACUUUGGGAAGCACGUGGCCUGGCCCCUCCCCCCCUGCUGUGUCCGGGAGGCUGUGCCCAGCAUCAAGGCCAUCUUCUCACGCUGGCGUGGCUACAUGGUGCUGCGCAAGGUUCCGCACGAGGACUGGCCCCAGCUGCACCUCAAGGUGACGGCGGCGGACGUCCUGGCCGGCCGUCGCAGGGACUGGGGGCAGGCACGCAAGUGGCAGGGCAACUACCUUGCCGUGACUGCCGAGAAUGACGCCUGCCUGCCCUACAUCACGUCUGUGACUGGCCUGAAGACGAAAGACAAGUUCCACAAGGUCGUCUUUUCCAGCUUCGUCAAGAAGGUGAACAAGCACAACCAGUCCGCAGACAGGGUCUUGGUCAUCACGGACAAAAACAUCUACAAGAUGGACAACAAACACUUCAAGACACUAAGGACGCCCAUUCCUAUCAGCGAUCUGACAGGGAUCAGUGUGAGCCCUGGGCCAGACCAGCUGGUGGUGUUGCACCUACGUGGAAAUAAUGACCUGGUCGUGUGCCUGACCAACCCCAAGUCGCAGACGGAUGGCAACCGUGCUGGGGAACUCGUCGGAACGGUUGUUCGGCAGUGGAACAGGUCUCAGAAGCGAGACCUCAGAGUGAUGGUGGCAAGCCAGUUGCAGUGCAUGCUCGGGAACAAGCCUCGAACGGUUUCCGUGGAGUGCACGUCCAACGUUACCAAUCCUGCGUUCAAGAAGGCUCCAAACAACACGCUGGUUCUGCUGUGGCCGCAAACAAACAAUGCCUAGGUUUCUCGACCUCACGCGUGGGAUGUGCUGCCGCAAUCUUGUUUUACAUUGUUGCUCUCUAAGUGGUCUCGCUUCUGUCGUUGCAAGAGUGCUGACCGUUUUUAAGAAAUGUUCUUUCUUUAUUUACUAUUACCGUGUGGCUCUAGUGUAGUGCAUCUCGGACGAGUGUAUAUAAGUCGCGCUAUUAAGCAGUCAUUAUGCUUGCGCCUGACGUCGUAAUCUGAUCCAGAUGUGUGUAGCUUUUGUAACUGACGAGCUUACAGGUUUUUGUUCUGUGCCGAUGAAAUUGUGGUGAAACUAACACUUUUCACGCUUACCACAAGACGAAGACGCCAUAUUGACGAGAACGAUGAACAAAUGGCAUCUUUUCUAUGCUCAACCUGCUGCAUGCUUUUUUUGUUUCGGAACUAGCUUUGCAAAAACGGCAUCCCAACUGAAGCAAGUCAUGAUUACUAUGUCCUUUUGUGUUUCUGUUGCAAAGACUAUCAUUGAACGCAUAAUUAUUCACUGGCCCUUAAGGUCAAACUUGCACUUUUUCAUCUUUUAGACUGUGAAAGCUUAGUAGCAAACUAGCAAAGUAUAACUGGUGUAAUGAAUUAUAAAAGGCAUAAGAGAGAAUUAUGUCCUGUAUUUUUGCAUGUGGAAGGGAUUUACAAACCUGCUUCAGAUGCUGAAGGCUUAUAUAUUUCUUUAACCAAAUAGCAUUCGUCUUCACUCCAUUUGCAUUUGAAUGGAAUUGUGCAGGAGCAAAUGAAGAAGGGAAUUGUGCAUUUUUGCUUUGACACCUUUGACGAGUUUCACAGUAAAAUGACAAUGCAAAUUAAUUUAUGGUAGAUACUGAUAUUUCUUUGAGGGGGGGGGGGGAGUAAUGUAGUCUUGUACUUUAUAUAUUGUUCAGAUUUUUCUGGCAAGAAAGCACUCAAACCUUUUUUAAUACCGAGAUGAUGAAUAGAACAUUGUCAAAGCUGGGUUAGGGAAUUGCGAGAUGUCUAGCAUUUUCUAUUAUAUUCUGUAAACAUGAAAUUGUGACAGUCGUGGACACUGUCAAAGGUCAUUGUUUUAUGCAUACAUGUUGCACUGCUGUGUACAGUAUGAGUACUUAAGUGCUUUAUGAACAACUUUUUUUACCUGCAGUGAACUCCUUUGUAAGUUUAGCUAAAAGUCAUUUCAAGUAUUUAUAGUUAGUAUAUGCUGGCAUGUUCAUAUUUCUUGCUCUGCCAAGCUGAAGAUGCUUUAACGGUGUUCUUCGCAAUUAUAUAGCAAUACAUUUGUAUUUACUCCCAACUAAUGACCUGUCUCCUUGCUGAUUUGAGUGCUGAAAAUAUUGUAAAGCUAUGCCUUAAAUAAGCUGAACAAUACAUACACUAUGGUUUUCUACCAAUGACUAUUUUGUUGGAAAUCGUGUCAAGGUAUUAUGCCUCUGUAAAGAACAAAUAUGACGGUUAGAAUUUUUGUGACAAUUUUACAGAGUACCAUAGAUUGCUGAGACAAUCUUGUCAGUGCCAUUUUAUUUUUAUGUAAUAAAGUGUUCCAUCUCUUUGAGAUGACCAAGAAAUU